UCUGCAGCAUCAUCAUCCACGCGGAAGCGCGCACCGUUUACGCGUCUGUCCUGUCCGGAAAACAUGGUAACGACGCAACCACCGUCCCCUGCGCUCAUUCAUACGCGCUGAGCACGAGCCUGCACACGGAUCGGCCAGCGGAGGACAGUUCACAGGAGGAAACUCCGGGAGGAAUACAAAUUAAACUCGGUCCCAGGACAACAAUGAGCCAGGCUGCCAAUGUGAAGAAGCGUUGAAAAACCGGCGAGAUUUGAGUUGAGUUUCCUGCAGGCUCCAGGUUCGUCUACAGACAACACAGGGGGUUUGCAAUCAAACGCAGGGAUGACAGUGAAGCUGGACUUUGAGGAGUGUUUGAAAGACUCUCCACGCUUCAGGGCUGACAUUGAAGUCGUCCAGAAUGAUGUGAGUGAGCUCGAGACCCGAUUGGACAAGCUUGUGAAGCAAUGUCAGGCCAUGCUGGAGGCCGGCAAGGCCUACUGUCAAACCAGCAAGAGCUUUGUCACCGGCCUGCGGGAGCUGGGACACUACUGCUCCGGGGACAAGAUGAUGGAGGAUUGCUUGGACAAAUUUUCCCAAAAACUGUCCGUCAUCUUGGAGGCGCAGGGGGAGGUGAUUGAGACCACGCAGAAAUCUGUUAAGACGAAGCUGCAAACCUUCGUGAAGGAAGAUGUCCGUCGCUUCAAGGACGUGCGAAAAGAGUUUGAGCGCGGCAGUGAAACCCUGGAGGGGGCGCUGUCCAGGAACGCUCAGGCUCCGCGAGGGAAGCAACACGAAGUGGAGGAGGCGAGUAACGCGCUGAUCAAUGCACGUAAGGGCUUUCGGUCCGAAGCCUUGGACUACGUUCUGGAGAUUAAUGUCAUUGAGGCCAAGAAGAAGACAGAUAUUGUGAUGGCUGUGCUGUCGUUGAUGGAGGCCCAGGCCCAGUUCUUCCAGCAAGGCCAUCAGUCUCUGUCAGAGCUCAAUGAAUAUCGACAGAAACUGAACGAAGAGCACACCCAGUUUGUCCUAGAUGCUGCCAGGGAGAAGAGGGACAUGGAGCAGAGACAUGCAGCAAUCAAGAAGAAGGACAUGUCCUACGAUGACUCCAUCAUGGAUUUCAAUGCUGAUGCAGCUAAUGGCAUUGCAAUGGAGGGCUACCUCUACAAGAGGGCCAGCAACGCCUUCAAGACUUGGAGCAGACGUUGGUUUUCGAUUCAGAAGAAUCAGCUGGUGUAUCAGAAAAAGUUCAAGGAGCAGCCCACAGUCGUGGUGGAGGACUUGCGUCUUUGCACAGUCAAGCCCAGCAGUGAAAAUGACAGGCGGUUCUGCUUUGAAGUGGUGUCCCCUUCGAAAUGCUGCUUGCUGCAGGCAGACUCUGAAAGGCUGCAGCAAGCAUGGAUCCGAGCCGUCCAAAACAGCAUUGCCUCGGCCUUUCAAGAGCGCAGAGAGGACACACACAGCCCAAGACAGCGCUGCAGCUCCAUGUCGGCGAAAAUUUUAGGGGGAGGAGGAAGUGGAGGGGGCAUGGAUCAAGAGAACGAGGGCUGCAAGGCGCUGGAGGAGGUCCAGGCGAUCUCAGGGAACAAGCAAUGCUGCGACUGUGGAGAGCCCGGUCCCGAUUGGGCCUCCAUCAACCUCGGCAUCACGUUGUGCAUCGUCUGCUCAGGAAUACACAGGAGCCUGGGAGUCCACUUUUCCAAAGUACGCUCUCUCACUCUCGACUCCUGGGAGCCAGAGCUCAUUAAGUUGAUGUGUGAGUUGGGAAACACAGUAAUCAACAGAAUCUAUGAAGCUCGGAUUGAUGAAAUCACCAUCAAGAAGCCCAACCCCUCCAGUCCAAGAGGAGACAAGGAGUCAUGGAUUCGGUCAAAAUAUGUCGAGAAGAAGUUCAUCCAAAAGCUGCCUGAAACGGGCAGGAAUCCUCCCCUGAGGCGGUCCAGCGCCCGGAGGAACCGAGCCACCACGCAGGACCGGACCGUGGUGCGGCCGCCUCUCAAACCCAAACCCAAUCGAGCCACGUUGCCUCGGGUCACAGGGCUGAGCCCCAGUGACAUACAGACCAACAAUACCAGCUUUUACAAAGAUGUAGAAGAGGAUGAGGAGGAUCUGAGCGGCCUUCAUCCCGGGGCGCUGCUGUACCGCUCUGCAGCCUUGCAGAACUUCCCCGUCAUGGCCGACGCUCUGGCCCACGGGGCCGACGUCAACUGGGUUAACUUGGCCGAGGAGUCGAGCACCCCGCUCAUACAGGCCGUCUCAGUGAACGCCCUGGCGGCUUGUGAGUUCCUGCUGCAGAACGGAGCCAACGUCAACCAGGCCGACAGCAACGGCAGGGGCCCGCUGCACCACGCCACCAUCCUGGGGCACACAGGGUUGGUUUGUCUCUUCCUGAAGCGAGGAGCUGACUACAACGCCCGAGACAAGAACAGCAAAGAUCCCAUAACCAUCGCCGUGGACACCGCCAACGCCGACAUCGUUACUUUGCUGCGGAUUGCCAAAAUGAACAAGGAGAUGCGGGAGAUGGACGGAGCGUUCGGCCAACCAGGUGAUGAAACCUACCAGGAUAUUUUCAGAGACUUUUCACACAUGGCCUCAAACAACCCGGAGAAGCUCAAACGUCGCAGCACGGAUGCUAAAAUAUAACCAGCCGACGCUGUUUCGCCGCUUCUUCCUCAGCCAUCUGUACAAUUCCACAUUUCCCACCUCGGCUUCACGUGUUUUUUAUUUCUGCCGCAUGUAAAGGAAAGGAUUCAGCUCUGCGGCGUGCAGGGACAAGCUCUUCCUGGCUACCUGCCACGUGUUCAGUCACAGCUCAGCUGGUGCUGACUUCAGAGGGGAUGAACGCUCCGCACACUGAAUUCUUUGUUGCGACUACGUCACCGCGGAACAAUUGUGUCCCAAGCUGAAGCGCUGGGACAGCUUCAUGGGUCCAGGGUGUAGUUUAUGCCUCACAAAGGGCAACACCAUCACUGUGCCCACGGUUGCUAAUUAAAUCCAGUAAAUCUGUUUUUUUUUUGUUGUUUUAACUGAAAAGGGCUGUUUUUAAUGUUCUCCUGUUCUUUUCUACUGAUUUUUACAUUAAAGUGCAGUAAAAACAUUUGUCACAAAAAAAAUAUUUCAAUCAUUUUCCAUGAAAUUGUAAUGUUAGCAGAUUUUUUCAGACAAUGUUUAUGUAUAUUUUGUCUACAUUAUGUGAGGUACUUUAAAUUUCUUUAAGAUUAAAUAAACCAGAGUGUAAAUGUACAUGUUAAUGUCCAUCAAGUGACAACCUGUAUCUGCA